UCCCCUGCUUGAACGCCGCUAUCUUUAGCCCUGCCGCGGAUUACGCCGCUCAGUGCGCGCGCGGACCUCCCGGUGCUCCCUGCUCAUCCUCGCGCCGUCGGUCCACAUUGCACCUGAAGCUUUCUUGCUUUACUGGACAAAAAAAGAAAGACAACGACAAAAAAGUGAUGUAGGAAUGACAACAGCAACAACCACCGUCCUCGUCUUUAGUUCAACGAGAAGACCCCAGGAUGCUGCUGCCCUCCAGCCCGCGGUGCAGACGCCAGCGCCGGGCCUCGCUGCUUGCGCUCGCCGCCGUCCUGCUGUGCUUUAUCCCCGUCAGCGCUAGCUUACCGGCAGCUCGGACUGGUUGCCCAUCCCAUUCCGUCUGUCGCAGUCUGAAUCGGUUUGACUGCAAAGCCGGCUCAGAAUGUGGCCCCUGCUUAACUUCAUAUAAAGAGGUCGAGGAUCAAAUCUGCGUAAAGAAGGCCCGCAAAGUGAGAACUUUUUCUGACCUGGAUGAAGAGAUCGACUUUAUUCACUCUGUCAUAGAAAAACAAGAAAAGAUCAGGAAGAAGCCAACCAAACAGAGACCAGCAUUACUCUCCUUUCAAAGAGACGAUGAAGAGAACUUGAAACUGAAGGGCAGACUCUCUGCUGACGCCCUGCAGACCAGCACCGAAGCUCCGCGCCACACCACCGCUCACCUUUCAAAUAAGUCAACUCCCGAGCCCAAGGUCAAGGCCGACGGCCGCAGUGGCCCGCAUGUCGUGCAAACUUCCAAAAAUGACGGCAUUAUUGUCAUUUUGGUGUCAGUCUUUGUGGUGGUGGGCACUGUGGCUGUGAUUAUGGCUGCCAUCUGUUAUGUCAAGUUACAAACAGAAUCACGUCUUGCUGAGAAGGUUGAUUACCCAGGUGUCAAAGGGGCGGGCGUUUCUGCUGCUAAACCCACUGGUAAUUCGAUGGGCGAUAACACUCUUGCUAAAAGUGCACAAAUGUAUCACUAUAAACAUCAGAAACAACAGAUGAUCUCCAUGGGGAAUAACAAGCCCGAGCAGAAGCCCGUUGACAGUGAAUUCACGUCUGAUGAGGAGGAAGUGGGAGGCGGCUUCACAGUUUACGAGUGCCCCGGACUUGCCCCGACGGGGGAGAUGGAGGUGAAGAACCCUCUGUUUGAUGACUCCACUAUGGAGUUUCAGGAGAAGCAAAAGUGAAGACUCAACACACACAUUCAUAGAAAGAGACGCAGCAAUGGGAAGGAGGGAUGCUCCGUGUUUCACACUGCAUGCACAGAAAUCAAAGAGAUGGAACGAUUGUUUUCUUUCUGUCUUUUAACAUAUCUGCCCCACUAAAGCUUUUAGGAUCACUUAUAUAUCAAGGGUCUCCUGUUAAUUUAUUUCUCACUGUUUUUGGAGAAACCCUGUCUUUUAAUGUGUAUUUAAUUCAAACCCUGUCUUUUUUGUCUUGUUUAAAUGUUGUGUUUUUCUUUCUUUUUGCAUAUUUAUGCAGCUGUUUCCAAAGAAUGUCAUAAAAUCCUAUCAUACUGACACACAAUAGUAUUCCUAAUUGUUUUGUUUUUUUAAUUGUUUUGGUGAUUCUUUUUUCUCAACCACAUUCCAAACCAGGAAAUAUUCCAGAUCAAAUCUGGAAUGCCUUUCGGAAAAAAAUGCCCAACUUCUGCAACAAGAAUUAGCAAAUCCUUGUUGCAGUUUUCUGCCUCCGAUCGGAGCAGCCGCUCCAGAACAUUUUAGGACGCUAGCUCAUUGAUAUAUUAUAGACUAAAAUGGAAGUGCUUCAUCAUGACUGUCGCAUGGUUUGACUGUAAUUUGUUGAAAUCAUGUCAAAGGUUUAAUGAACUUUUCUCUGUGUUGCUUGUAUCCUGUCGCCGCAGGAACAAUAUUCAGUAAAGGUGGCUCCUGAUGGAUGAAUGUUUUGGUAGUAACUGUUGUAAUCAUGUAUUACUAAACCCCUUAAAUUCAUGCUGUCCCCAAGCUAAUGUUGUGCUGAAAGAUGUACAUACAGAAGAGUGAAGGUGUUCACUUUUUAUAGAUAUUUGUACAUGCAGACUAAAGAUUGGAAAUAAAUUUUUACCACAUGUGAGUAAAACGGACUCCA